AUGUCGGACCUGGGCUCGGAAGAGUUGGAGGAGGAGGGAGAGAAAUAUCUUGGGGAAUACGAAGGGGAGCGGAACGAGGCCGGUGAGCGGCAUGGACAUGGGAAAGCGAGACUGCCCAAUGGGGACACGUAUGAAGGGAAAUAUGAAUAUGGUAAAAGGCACGGCCAGGGGACCUACAAAUUUAAAAGUGGUGCGCGGUACAUUGGAGAAUACGUUAAAAAUAAAAAACACGGUCGAGGCACUUUUAUCUAUCCAGACGGAUCAAGAUAUGAAGGGGAGUGGGCGGAUGACCUGAGGCAUGGCCACGGCGUGUACUACUACGUCAACAAUGACAGCUACACCGGGGAGUGGUUUGCUCACCAAAGGCACGGGCAAGGCACCUACUUCUACGCGGAGACGGGCAGCAAGUACGUGGGUACCUGGGUGAACGGCCAGCAGAAGGGCACGGCCGAGCUCAUCCACCUGAACCACAGGUACCAGGGCAAGUUCUUGAACAAAAAUCCCGUUGGCCCUGGAAAGUACGUGUUUGAUAUUGGCUGUGAACAGCACGGGGAAUAUCGCUUAACAGAUGUGGAAAGAGGAGAAGAGGAUGAGGAGGAGACACCGGUAACUGUCGUUCCAAAAUGGAAAGUGACCAAAAUCACAGAAUUGGCCUUGUGGACCCCGCCCCACCUCCAGGAGCAGCCCGCUGCGGAUGGACCAAGCCAGGGCGAGGCCCCAGGAGCUGAGGACGGGGGAGAGCCGGUGGAGGAGGUCCAGCCUCUGACCGACGACAUGUCAGAGGGGGAAUUAGAUUCAGUGCAUCCUGGAGAGGAGGAGGGAGACGCCAGCAGGGAGGACGGAGAGGAAUUCCACUACGACAUCUUAGAGCAGGGAAACGUUAAUUUUGAAGAAGAGGAAGCCAGACAGCCAGAGCUGCUGGAUUAA